UCAUAUUUCCGCGCCGCGUGCGGGCGAUGCAGCUGCGGAGGACAUCGAGCAUGGGACACCUUGGAGGUUUAUUUCUUCUGAUCGCCCCUCUAACCUGCUACUGUAUUUGUGGUGCUGCAGGUCACUCUCUUCCUGGCUGCCACAAGCAGCUGGAGUUCAGGUGUAGCGAUGGCUUGUGCAUCCCGAGACUGAGUGUGUGUGACGGACAGACUGACUGUGAGGACGGAUCAGAUGAACACAGCUGUGGCCAUCUGUGUAAGAAAGAUGAAUUUGCCUGCCGCAGCAGACGGUGCAUAUCUCUGCAUUUCCUUUGCAAUGGUGUGGACAACUGUGGCGACGGGAGUGACGAGGCUUCCUGUCAGAACUGCACCACCACUGAUGGUUUUUUCUUCUCCUGCGGGCCGUCUGACACCUGUCUGCCCAGGAACAAGCUGUGUGAUGGGCGCGCUGACUGCAAAAAUGGGCAAGACGAGUCUCAAAAGUUGUGUGGUUUGCCCCUGCCACUGCAGCAGGCCUCUCCCACAUGUACAGCGUCUGAGUUUCAGUGUGGAGAUGGGCAGUGCAUCCGCCACACCUGGAGGUGCGACCACUCAUCAGACUGCUCUGAUGGCAGCGAUGAGGAAAACUGCGAUCAGGACGAGUGUCAGGUCAAUAAAGGAGGCUGCUCUCAUCACUGUGUGGACCAGCCGAUGGGUUUCUUCUGCGACUGCCCCGACAACAUGAAGCUGGUCGGGGACAGCCAGUGUGAGGAGGUCAACAUGUGCCUGGAGAGCGACGUGUGUGAUCAGCUGUGUGUUCACAUGAACGGCAGCCUCGCCUGUGACUGCCACAAGGACUACCAGAUGAAUGCAACAACCGGAGAGUGCAAGGCCAAAGGGGAUGAGGCUCAACUGGUUUUCACCUCUUCUAAAGGAAUGCGACGGAUGAGCAUCACUGGGACUGAGUACAGGGAAGCGACCACACAUUGGCCAGGGCCAGGGGCAGUGGCAGCUAUAGUCGCUAACCGAACACUGUACUGGGCCCGGCAAGGACAGGGCUCCGUUUAUAGGGUCUCCAUGGAUGGAAAGCCGCAAGAUUCGGUGUUGGUGUUGAAAGUGCAAGGUUCAGUGUCGGGCCUGGCUGUGGACUGGAUCCAUCAGCUCCUCUACUGGACCAGUAUCGAGAGCGGUUCGGUUAAUGUUGGCCUGCUGGAUGGUUCAGCUCAGCGUCCGCUUAUCACAGGUCUGGAUAAAGUCUCCGCAGUGGCUGUGGAUCCUCUCCAAGGGCUGCUCUUCUGGGCUCAGUGUGGCAGCUCUUCAAAGAUCGAGAGGGCUAGUUUGGAUGGUUUGGACAGGAUGGCUCUGGUUACUUCGUCAAUACGACACCCCGUCGCUCUCUCUCUUGAUAUACCUCGUCAGCUGUUGUACUGGGUUGACCAGGGAAUGAGAAGCAUCUCCAGAGUAAAUCUAGAGGGCCAUCACCGUAAAACAGUGGUAGAGUCUAAUGGUUAUCUGGACCGGCCCUUCGGACUGGCUGUGUUUGAGGGGUUUGUAUAUUGGAGUGAAGAAGUGACGCACUCAAUCUGCAGAGCCAACAAACACAACGGUGGCAACCUCCAAGUACUGUUGUCAAAUGCCACCUCACCGGGCGGUGUGGUCAUCAUUCAGCCUGUUCUUCAACCAAACGGGCCAUCUGUAUGCGGAAAUACCAGGACGGUCUGCCAGCACGAAUGCGUUGUCAACCUGCUGUCUGAGAGUCCAGAGUUCAGCUGUACUCCUCCGGAAACCAGACGAAACAAAUCUGAAGAAAUCCCUGCCAUUUCUCGAUCAGUUCCUGCAUCAACUUUAUCUGAUCCAACAAAUGCUGGAAUCCUCUCUCUCAUUGUGUUUCUCAGUCUGCUGCUGGUGGGAAUGGCUCUGUGGUGGUGGAGAGAAGGGUUCAGGCCGUCCACAUCUCUCACUGAGCAGAGUUUCUCCCUCAAAGAGUCCCAGGACCCACUCAUCAUCCAGGAGCCAGUCAUGUGUCCAAACACAUGUCUCAUCAAGGAAACUCUGCUUAAGCUGGAGUUGGACGGUGAAUGAAGAGGGUUUGACACAGAUGGUCGGGUGACUAGACUUGACCUGGUGCCAUAUCAACCCCCGCAGUGACCUCGUGGCUGAUAGCAAGACAAAUCAAACUGAUCACCCUGUCGCGCCCCAACUUCCUCUGGUGGUUAGUCACUCAAGAACUGACUUGAGUUCAGAUGGAGAAAAGGCUUUCAAACAAAAACUUCCGUUGUAUCUUUAGUUGUGAAAAAGCAUUACUUUCAGUCCUCCAGAAUUCAUCAAGCGUGCUGGUGAGGAUGUUUAUUUAUACCUAAGCUGUGAGCAGCUGUGAACAACCACAUGUCUUUUUCUUUGCAUUUUGAAUAUCAGCCCAGAUGAACUCUUGCCUUAAUUUUCAAACCCUGUUAUCAAGCUAUUUUCUUCAGCUGGUUACCAGCUGUGUUACAGCUGCAGGUCUCCAAGACAAUUAGUGGAAAUGUGAUUUGUGUAGAGUAGAGCUGAAACAAUUAGUUGUUGAAUCGCUUGGUUGAUUGAAAGAAAAUGAAUUGACGACCAUUUUGAUAUUGGAUGAAUUGUCUUAAGUCAUAAUACCAAACAUUUGCUGCUUACAGCUUCUCAAAAAUUAGGACUUUCUGCUUUUCUUUUUCUUCUAUGACAGUAGUACACAAGUAAUUGGAAUACUCUGCGAUUGGAUUAAUCAAUCGAUUGAAAAUAAUUGAUAGUUGCGGCCCUAACGUAGAUUUUAUUUAAUUGUUUUGCUUAGUUGCACUUCCUCUCUACUCUUUUUUUUUUUUUUUUUUUUUUUUUUUUUCAUUUGAAUAUUUAUUAAAAUGUUAAUUUCAUGUUUUUCAAUUCUCAAAACUUCUCUUUUGCAGAUUAUGGAUUGUUUUUACUUUCCAACGUCAAACAGGGAUAUCAUGAAUAAUUUAACUCAAUUUUCUUAUGAAAACCUGGUGUUCGUUCUUAGCCUUCAGAAUUUUCACACUGGACAGUUGUUUGCACACUGGUUUAAAGCAAUAGUUCAUUUAGAGAAAUUUCCUUUCUUUUGAUUAGUGAGCUUUAGAGGUGCUGGUAGGUGAAUUUUGUUACCAAUGACCAGAACCAGACUAGCUGUUUACCCAUUUUCAGUCUUUAUGUUAUGCUAAGCGAACCAGCUGCUAACUCCUGCUUCAUAUUUAUUGUACAGAUAUUAGAGUGAAAUCGAUCUUAUUGUCUAACUCUCUGUAAUAAAGUGAAGAAGUGUUUUUUCCAAAAUGCUGAACUAUUCCUGUACAGCUCCCAGAACCUAAUUGGUCUGAAAUAAGGCAACAUUUGACUCUCUAAUCAGAUUUUGCCAAAUGGAGACCUGGCGGGGGUUUUCAGACCCAGUUUUUGAAAAUUUAAUCCAGCCUUCAAUUACUCUCUCUUUUUCCAUCAUUGAGUCUGUUAUCAUGUUCCUUGUCUACAGUAAAUAUAGGACAUGGUGUGCACCCAACCAACUGUAACUUGUAUCAAAAGUUCAAAAGCUUGCUGUGAUGAAUAAUGCAGCAUUGAUUGUGUAUUCUUGCAAUCUAAAUGUUCAUUUCAAGUGGUCUUUUAAAGUUUAAUCGAUACAUCUAAGUAGUAGAGGUUUGAUUCUCACAGGCGACCUCUGUAAUAAUUAAAUCUGUAAUUGUGGCAUUGUAACAUCCUUUUGAUAAAAUCACUCAUCAAAUAUCUUUAAGGUCCAGAUGUCCCUAUUGCUAAACUCUCUUUGCUUACUAAACUACUGCUGAUUUUUGGCUUCAGCGCCAAGAGUAAAUGCCACAAAAAUCUAGAUUUAUCACUCUUUGUAAGUCUUUGAAUGUUGGAAGAAAUUACGGUAGUGAACUGUAAUUCUUUGUACUGCAGUAUUUGAUUAUUUGAUGUGUUGAUGAAUAUUUUUGGAAGUUUGCUUGUUUGCCGAGAAAUAGAUGGGAAGAUCAAUGCCACUUUCAUGUCUGUACAAUAAAUGUGAAGUCACAGCCAGUAGCACAAAAGCUGUAAACUAGGAACCAGCUAGCCUGGUAACAAAGAUAACUUUGUCUGCACCUAACCCCCAGUAAAACCGCAUUCAUUUUUACACAGGUUUUUGCAAAGAUUAAACAAAGAUACAAUGUGUUAAUUUAUUAAUGAGCUUUAGAGGUGCUGGUAGGCAGGUUUUGGACAGAGCCAAGCUAGCGGUUCCCACUGUUUCCUGUCUUUAUGUUAAGCUAAGCUAACCAGCUGUGGCAUGGAUCUUCUUGCCUAACUGUAAGAAAGCACAUUUCCCAAACUAUUCUGUUAUCAAAUAUUUGUGUGGGUACUAAUGCUAGGGAAAAUUUAGAGAAAGCCUAGCAUGUCCAAUGACAAUAAUACAGUAUAAUGAUAUCAUUGUCAGUAAAGAGGAAAAGAGGAUUUCUUUGGUUGCAGGUUUAGGGUUUGUUGAUUUCUGAGCACUGGUGCUCCACUGGGAACAAAUGUGUUUCUUUCUGUUCUAUGUCAGGGAGGUUUUGUUUUUGCUCUUCUACACAAAGGCUGUUAGUGUUGGUGUGAAUGUUUGGUUGAUGGACAUGCCUUGUUUGAAUCUCAUCUUUUUGUGUUAUUUUUGUGAAAGUAUGUUGGACCUAUUAAAAAUCCAUCAGCACUAAUUGAGAGGUAAUUUUAUAAGUGUUCAACCUGCUGAGUUGUGUGGUUAGUAUUUAUUUUUAAGCAAGGGUUUUAUUUAUUUCUGGGCAGCAUUACAGUCAUUGUUCUGUAUUUGCACCAUGGAUAAAACUGUUUGGUGCUGUAAAUAAAUCAAAUAAAGUAUUUUAUGAUUGCAUUGUUACAAAUUAA